CGCUGUCAGAAGUUGCGCACGGUCUUUUUCUCGCGUGAAGAGCUGCGGCUUACAAAUUGUCAUACGAAAUUUGAAGACGCAUUUGGUAGAAACCUUCACAUAAAGUAAUUUACUUGUUCUGUGCAUUAGUUUACGCGGAACCGGGUCAAAAUGUCAUUAACGCGUGCUGGUCGCCUUCUCCAAAGCCGAAUUAAACGCAUUCAAAGUGUCCCGGCCGUUUUCUACCACGAGAAUGUAGUUGAACACUAUGAAAAUCCACGAAACGUCGGUUCUCUCGACAAAAAAGACAAAAACGUUGGCACCGGCCUCGUUGGAGCACCAGCCUGCGGCGAUGUCAUGAAGCUUCAAAUUAAAGUCGACGAAAACGGCAAAAUAAUCGAUGCGAAAUUCAAAACCUUUGGCUGCGGUUCUGCCAUUGCAUCCAGCUCCCUUGCUACUGAAUGGGUUAAAGGAAAAACCAUUGAUGAAGCACAAAAACUGAAGAACACCGAUAUCGCCAAGGAGCUUCGCUUGCCACCAGUUAAAUUGCAUUGUUCUAUGCUUGCCGAGGAUGCUAUCAAGGCGGCAUUAGCCGAUUACAAAGUAAAACAGCAAAAGGCUGCGUCCGAGUAAAUGUAGAAUGAACGGCGAUGCUACUAAGAACUUGAAGAGAUUCAAGUAAUUGUGAUUGGAAUUUACAAAAUCGAUUAGAUUUUGAUUGUACAGAAUUAACGAUAGAUUGGAUAUUGAAAGGAAAUUGUUAAAUUAACGAACCAUGUAAACAUAUUUUAGUACAUAUUAUAUUGGAAGUUUACGAUUUGAAAGUAGACCAAUAAGUUAUUCGCUACGUGUCCUUUGCUGACACUAUCUUUUGCUGCUUGAUUCAAUUAUGAUAAUAAAUCUCUAGAUCAGCCAUUUGAAACAGAA